AUGUCGAAGAGAAUAAUGUGUGAAGUAUUCUGUACUGCUGAGGACUUAGGAAUGGACAUCUUUUAUAGCGAUACGGACAGUAUGCAUCUCUACAAUGAAGAUAUCCCUCGUUUAGCUGAAGAGUUUGAGAAACGUUAUGGAAGAGUUCUCAUUGGUAAAAACCUUGGUCAAUUUCAUAGCGACUUUGCAGAAAUCACAAAAGAUAAACAAAGUUUAGCAUACAAGUCAAUAUUUUGUGGAAAGAAGACUUACAUAGACUUACUCACGAAUGAUUUAAAUGAAGUUGCAUUUCACUGCAGAAUGAAAGGCGUGAAGCAAGAUGUUAUUGCUUUAACCGCUAAUGAAAUGUUUCCUGACUCUGUUCAGUGUUUCUAUGAUGAAGAUAAAGGUUUAAUGGUUCCGCAAGGAAAAUUUGACAAAGACUCUGAGUUCAGUGUUAUGAAGUUAUAUAAAGCACUUUAUGACGGUCAAGAGAUUGGAUUUGACUUAUGUAAGUCUUCUAGUCCUUGCUUUGCUGAAAAGUUUAACUUCUCAAUAACGACUAAAACAAGCUUUAUUCGUAAGUUGAAGUUCUGA